UAUCAAGUAACAAGUUGGUGUACAUGACAAUUUUUAACCAAGUCUCAGACUAUUAACAAUGAUAUUAUUAAUGUGCGGUAGACAGUUAAUAAAAAUCCUAUAAAAAUAUAUAUAAAUACUAGCAAAAAAAACCCAAAUUACGAAUCGGUUAAUACAUAUUUCUUCAGUUGAAAUAUUUCAAUACCCCAAAAAGCAUCAAGCAAACGUGAUACGUUUUUUUCGACCGAGUAGUACAAUUUUAAACAGACAUGGUCCACUCGGCAAUACUCAAGAAAAUUGUCUUUUGUUUGGCGCUGCUCUUGCGGCAAUCGGUACAGUUAUUGGAAACCGGUUACAAAUAUCCAAGCAAUAAUGUGCCUAUCGAAAACGAUAGUCUCUAUGACGAUUUGAAAUGUGCAUACCUGUUCAGCGGAUUGACACACAUGCGACUAGUGAAGCUUUUAAUCGACCGCCCAUAUGAUCCGCAAACAAAACUGUCAACUGGCCACCUAGCUAGUUACAGUAAUGUUAUAAAAUACCAGAUAGCAUCGUUGUACAGCGUCCAAGUAAAGCGUAUGGGUGCCUUGUGGCUAGUGCAUUUGUACACGAGUAUGGUGACUUGGUCUUAUGAGAAUCUCAAGAACGAGGCGGAAGACUAUAAGAAAAUGGUGGCCACUACAGAAUAUGUAAUUGAAAAACUGCUUAAAGACAUAACCGGAUGCCGCGAAGGUAAUUCAUUCGACAGGUACCACAGAAUAAUCAAACCAAACUCGAAUCCUAAGCCUGUAGUGUUAAAAAAGAUGAUGGGCCUCGUUAAUUCCGAAGCCAACAAACUGCUGGCGAAAAACUACAUUGUGUUCCAGGAAAAGUUGUGCGAUUGUCAUUUCCAAGAGACGCUGAAAAUCAGAAACAUUUUCAUGAACGGAUUAGGUUUGUACGACGCUUAUAAGACAGAUCUAAUGAACGUGUACAACGUCAACGUGGACUGGUCCGACACGAGCAAACGGUUGGAAAAGUCUUGGUACGAUGCGCGUACACUGGAUUGGGCUACUGACAACCUUGAAAACAUAAAAUCAUACUUAACGCUGUGCUAUUCAUUUUUGAAAAUCUUAAUGUUCCGGCUGACGUUGAAACACUUACAGUAUUUACAAAACUAUAUCGAAUCGGACGAGUACGUUUUGUACGCCCAUCAAUGGUACAACUUGGUCGACACAUUUGGCAGCAUGUUAAACUUGACCAAAGACCUACACGUGAAGAGCUUGCUUACUGCUAUUUAUAAUCUCUGUAACGGAAUAGAGAAAGUGGAUAGUGUGUUUCAGAACAGGUUCUUUACACUAGCUGAAUGCACAACAAUCCAUGUUAUCCAUUAUCACUUUUUUUGACAGAAGUUUUCAAGAUGAAGAUUUGGUUUAGGAAUGUAGUCGACGUAUUAGCUGUAGUGGAUAAAGAUUUCAAUAUUGAUGUUUUUCUUCAAGAUAUAAAUUAUUAUAAUCCCUGUGUUGUAAAUGAAAAAUAAAUCUAUGGAAAGUUGCGUUUAGGUUUUGAGAUUUAUCGUUAGAAAACGCACAGUUUUAGGUACAUUCCCAAAGAUUUAAAUCACUGUUGGCAACAUAAAAUGGUAGCAUUUAAUAGAAUAAAUUAAUGUUUUUUAGAUUAGUCAAUAUUACUGUGUUAAAAAAUUAUUUUGAUUAUUAAUAGCUAAAAUUAGUAGGUAUGAUGCAUAUAGUAUGAUCUUUACAUUAGUUGAUAAGGAUAAAUGGCCUAGGGAAAUAUUAAGUUAUAAGUCACUUAUAACAUCUCUAGCUGCAUGAACAAGUAAUUAUUUAAAAUCUUUAUUUUAAAUACCUAUACUGAUAUCUGUACAAAUUUUUUAACAGUCGGCAGUCAUCACGGGACGUCUAUCAGAUAGCCCUACUUGCCCGAUUCUUGCAUGGAAUAGUUUUUGUUGUGUGGUCAGAAUCACAUAUUAUUAAGGAGCAAUGACAGUAGAAACUAAUAAAAUAAUACAUUUUAAUGCCUAUAACAAUAUCUGUGGGGUAAGCAUCUUCGAUUUUACAGGCCUAAGUGUCGAUGAAUAUUUAAACGAUGCACUCGUCGACUUUUAUUUAAAUUAUUGGUUUAUGCGGUAUGUGUCUGAAAAAGACCGAAGACGAUCAUAUCUUUUUAGUACUUUCUUUUAUACAAGACUGACAACACUAAUAGGCGGAAACGAUCAAACCAAACCAAAAGCACAAUGCCGUCAUGAUCGUGUUAAAAAAUGGACGAAAAAUGUCAACAUAUUUGAAAAAGAUUUUAUUUUUGUACCAAUAAAUGAAAAGUAUGUUACAUAUGA